AUGGACGAAUUCUUGUCUACCCCAGACAGCCUUAGACACACGCGGCCCGCUGACAAGAUGGCACCGGCCUCCCCGGGAGCGGACGGCCUAGCUGACUUACUGCCGAGCUGCACAAAAGGAGAAACCCUGACACAGAUUUCCAUGGAGCUGGUGGCUUUCUCGGCUAACAUGUUUACCAAAACUGACAAAACCGCCAUGGUGACCAAGCUCCAGGCGGUGAUAAGGGAGGAGAUCAUGGAGGUAUGCAGAGAUCUCACAGCUCUGGAACAGCGGGUCUCCGAACUAGAGUGUGAAAACAUGCAGGCCAUACAGCACUCACAGGCCACAGACCACGCCACAACCAGACAGGGUGCAGUAAUCCUGGAACCUGCACAGACAGGUGGAGGAUCUGGAUAA